UUAAAAAAAUUAAAAAAGUUGUUAACUUCAAAAAACACAAAAUUGUUUGUCCUUUUCCAAAUUAAAAUUAUACUUUGUCAUUUUGUCAUCCGUGAUCAGUUCUGAAACCCUUAUUUUCAAAAAUUUUAGAAACCUCAAGCUAUGUCCUAUCAAAUCAAGUCCACACCUUAUUUUCGACGCCUAGUCGCGACUAGCAAACAAAAUGGGGAGCUUCAGAGACUUAAAGAAGAGUAUGAUCGCAUAAAGGAGUUUAACGAACGCUCAAUUGAGAAAAAAAUGCGACAAGUACGUCUAAAGCGUCUCUUUAAGGAAAUUGAAGAAAUUAAGGAGAGUAGCUUUUCUGGUGGUCGUCGUAUAAGAAGAGAACGCAAAAAAACUCAAGAAGAUUUACGUGCUGAAAUGAUACGCAGGGCCAACGAGUUGGGUAAGGAAUAUUCAAAAUUUAAUGGUUUACUUCAAAGUGGCAGUUCUGCGAGACAAACUCAGAGUAUAGGUACUGUACCUUUGGAGAAAAUCUUAGCUGAAAAACGUAUUAAUUAUGGUAAUUCUAUAUCACGCUUGAACAUGCAAAAAAUGAGUGUUCCGAAGAAAGUGCCACGCCCCUUCAAUGACUCACCUAAAAAAGUACAAAGUUCAAUUCUGUAUAAAAAACGUAUACAAUAUGGAAAUGGUUGCAUGAAGAAGUUCAUGUCUAAUGGGUCACGUAUAGUGAAUUCUGCAAAGAUAGAAUUCCAGCAUCUUCCGGAAUCAAAGCCAGCUGACAAUGUCUUUGGUAGAGAAAACUUUAUUCUUCAGAAAAAGGGUGUCUUAAAACCAUUAUCAGCAUCAAGAGCAGAACGUGCCAGAAGCAACUGGAAUGUAGCAAUAACAAGCAUAUUUAAAGCCAUCGAUUAUUUGGAUGGCGAAAGUUAUGUGCAAGCUCCCACUACGGUGGAACCAAUUGAUUCGUGCUAUGAUGUGAAAAGUGCUCAUAGCAAAAUGAGUAUUAGUGAUGAGGAGGAUGUUGAUGCUGAAACUUCGGACACUUCAAUAUCCUCAUACCAUGAUAGCAGCAGCGAGCUAAUCGCCGUCGAUCGGUAUGACUCUAUUUCUCACCCAGUUUCAUCAGUAGGCACGCUAGAUUUUCAAAUUUUGCACGAAGAAAUAGCAAAACUCGAUCCAAUACCAACAAUAAUAAAGCCAUCUGCCAUACAAACAAAAUUUUUGGAAAAAAUGCCCAACGGUAAGGAUAGUUUCGAAUAUGGUGUCAAGGAGCUGCGGCACAUUUUCGAAAAUCAGAAUUAAGGGGCAUAGUUUGUUACCUAAAUUGACAGCUUGAAAAUCGUCUCCCUCUGGUAGUACAAAUAAUAAAAUUGUUUUUGUAUUUGCUACAAUGUAAGCUUAUUCGAAUAAAUUAUUUUGGAGUAAUUGGAA